UUCGGCAACCAGAAGGUACAAGUCACUAUCUCAUCAGUAUCUCAAAAAACGGUGGGAAUUGACUCAAAAAAACAGCUUUGUUAUUUUGGAAUUCCUUGUCAAGGACUUGUUAGACUUGUCUUUGCAAUAAUUCUUCUAGAAGACUUCUUCCAAACUUCGUCCGUGCGACUAGCCCACGAGGUCGCUAAAAUAAAGAAGUAGAGAAACAGGCCACGAUUACGUACCACUUGUCCCUCACAGUACCGGCCCUAACCAAUCACAAAGGAUUGUGUUAGUUACCGGCGAUUCUGUCCUCCCAAUUUUCCCAACGAUCGUAAUGAUAAGGGGAAACUGCGGGUGAUUCCCCUCUCCGGCACGCCCGGUAAUCGGCAGCGCACUACCUGACUACCAAGGUAGGAAAGGUGGAAAAGGUAGGAACAUUUGACUGAGCAGAUUGAGGUGUUCGUCCAGGUGUGCAGAGAAAAAGCGGAGUUGACACAAAGCUUGCAAAACAUUGCAGACCACUGCUGACACCGCCUCUCUCUUCCCAUACCCUAUAUAUUCUCCAAUAGAUGAUAGACCUCAGACGCUCUAGGCCAUCACACCAUCGGCGUUCACCUUUCAUAUCCAAUACCAUUAGAUAUCGAAUAUAUUAGCAAACCUCAAAGUCGUCCUUACCAAUCCGUACCAUAAAAAAUUCCGUCAAGAUGAACCGCUUCGAACAACUCGUGAAGGACAUCAAGGACGUCUUGGGGCCGUCGUCGGGAUUGACGUCGGAUGAUGUGGAUGUAGAAGACCUAACGCAUAUCAUGGAACGAUAUAUCUCCGAUAAGAAGGAGUGGUCCAUGUAUGCGAUGGAAGACGGUAGCUUGGGGUACACCCGAAAUCUCGUCGACGAGGGUAACGGCAAAGCGAACCUGCUUGUACUCGUCUGGACUCCUGGAAAGGGUAGCGCCAUCCACGACCACGGAAAUGCUCAUUGCCUGAUGAAGAUCCUCCGCGGCGACCUCACCGAGACUCGAUACGCAUUUCCCAAUGGCGACACCGAAAAACCAAUGGAAGUAAAAUCGGAGCAUGUCCAUAAGGAGAACGCUGUCGCCUACAUGGCAGACGAGCUUGGACUGCACCAGGUGUCCAACCGAGGCAGCGACUACGCUGUCUCCCUACAUCUAUACACUCCUCCCAACGUAGCAAAGAAUGGCUGCUACAUCUUCAACCCCAAGACGGGGGAGAGAACGCACGUGAAAUGUGGUCUAUACUCGUCGCAUGGCAACCGAGUGCAGGCCUAGUUGACUUGUAAGCUAUGACGAGACCAUGAUGGGAUUGGUAUGGAGUUUUGGGUAUUUCUUCUCA